ACGAAAGCGACCCUACCGGAAAGUGUUAAAUUUAAUCACUAGUUCGUCUGCCUUCGAAAAUCCAGGAUAGAUGGGACACGUUGUCGUCUUAGGUGGAGGAAUUAGUGGCCUUUCGUGCGCUUAUUACCUGUCUAGACUGGGAAGGAACACAAUUAAAAAAAUUACGCUGAUUGAAAGAUGUCAAACUUAUGGAGGUUUGAUUAAAACGACAAAAUUUCCUGAUGAAACUAUCUUCGAACACGGGCCUAGAAGUUUAAGGACUGUUGGUUUGUCGGGUCUAAACACUUUGAAACUUGCUGAAGAGUUAGGAAUUUCAAAAAACAUUUUACCUGUCACUAGAGCAAGUCCUGCAGGAAGAAAACGUUUAAUCUUAGUAAAUGAUAAGCUUAUCACUUUGCCAAAUGAUUUCAUGCAGUUGUUCAGAAGAAUUCCUCCAUUCAGUAAAGCAUUUAUAUGGUUUCUGUUGAAUGAUCUUAAAGCAAAGAGGAAGAAAGUUGAUGAUGAGAGUUUGCAUAAUUUUGUGACAAGAAGAUUUGGACAGGAGAUAGCUGAUUAUAUAAUUGAUCCUGUGUGUCGUGGUAUUGUUGCUGGUGAUGCAAGAGAAAUAAGUGCAAGAUCUCUUAUUUCUAAUAUAUUUAAUUUAGAACAAAAUUAUGGAUCUAUAAUAAUUGGACAGUUAAGACAGAAAAAAGGCAGCUGUAGAGCUAAAACUGAUCUCAUCAACUCUAGUUNAUUGCCUAAGUCUCUCUUGAAUUUUUUAGAGAACAAUGAAUUAAUUUCUUUAUGCAAUAACAUUGAAUGUCAGAAAAUAAUAUUUGAAAAUAAUAAAGCAAAGGUGAUAACAUCAGAAAAUACAAUUGAAGCUGAUUAUGUAUUUUCUUGUAUUCCAUCUCAAUCUCUUUCACAAAUAGUUUCUGAACAGUGUCCUCAGUUAUCUGAUCUACUUUCAAGCAUUUCAACAGUGCAUGUUGGUACAGUCAAUCUUGAAUAUGAUGGAAAUUGUUUAAAAGAAGAGGGAUUUGGAUUUUUAGUGCCAUCAAAUCAGAAUUCAAAGUUAUUAGGAGUUGUAUUUGACUCCUGUUGUUUUCCAGAACACAAUGGGAAAACUAGGAAUAAAACAAGGCUUACAUGUAUGAUGGGAGGACAUUGGUUCAGUCAUCUUUUUGGUAAUGUAGAUAAAGUGUCUUCUGAUAUGCUCUUAGAUACUGCAAAAAAUGAAAUUGAAAAUCAUCUUGGCAUUAAAGAAUCUCCAGUGAGACAUUGUGUUACUAUUUAUAAGAACUGCAUUCCUCAGUAUAAAGUAGGACAUUAUUCUAUCAUUAACAAAUUGAAUGAAUUUAUUACAACAAAUAAAUUACAUUUAAGUUUACUUGGAGCAUCUUACGAAGGAGUUGGAGUAAAUGACUGUAUAUUUAAUUCAAGAAAAAGUGUAGAAAGUUAUUUAAAGAGAUAAAAUUAAAAAUAUUUUUACCAGUGAAAGAUUAUUCAUAAAAUAGUUUAAUUAUA